AUGUCCGACGUACCACCAACCGAGUCCAUUCCCAAACCAGAGGAACCUAAAGCACCAGCCCCUGCACCUCAGUUCCAACAAGGACCUCCGAAUUACUACCAAUUUCCACCUCAAGGUUACUACCCACCACAAGGCUUCCCGAACUACCCUCCUCAGCCUAUGCCUUACUGCUCCAACCCUUGGAUGUUUAUGCAAAACCCUGCCCCACAACUCCAAUCUCAAUCCAAAAGAGACCAAGAGUUCGAGGAAGGUCUGAACCGCUUACGCAAAGAGUAUGCUACUGCCCCAAUGGAAGAAGACAGGCUCUCACUCUCUUCCCUCAAAUCGACCGAUUCGACUCGUACCACAGAUUCGGUUCGUGACCGUGAAGACUACCUCAAGCAGUCUGAGAGACUCUUCAUCCUACAACCAUUUACAGUUGGAGCUCUCAAGAACAUGCGCAAUUACGAAGGUCAGACACUAGCUGGAGACCGCAAAACAAACGUGCUUACAAGAGCAGUCCAACUGGUCAAGACAAAGACUGAGAUAGUCGACUUCAUUCUUGCAGCUUGCCCAUACAAGUAA